AUGGAUCGAAACAAAAAAAAUUGGAGUAUUGUUUUUAUAAUUAGAUGCGUGGAGCAAUAUACGCCAUAUACGGUAAGCGAUGGACUCACCCAGGCCAAUGUCGCGGGCGGCGUGCGAGAUGAUGACGGGCCCGAGCUGGUGCGGGUCGCCGGCCAGCACGAGCUGCCCGCUCGGCGCCAGCAGCCCGCCCGCGGGGAUGAGGCAGGCCGGCUCGCUCGCCUGCGCCGCCUCGUCGAUGAACAGGUGCGUCACGGGCCGCUGCUUCUUUCUCGUAGACAGUUGCCUAUCAUUCAUAUACAUUUGUUAUCUAAUAAUUAUGUGGAAGUGAGUUUGUCUACAGAUAGUCGGGAUGUUUGUCAGGGUUACUGA